GAAGCGUCUGACAGGAUGGACGCGACAUGUAGGACUUUAGCUGUCGAAAUAGCGUGAAUUAUUAUAUUUAAGACUUACAUACGCUCUUCGUAUAUCGCUACAGGGAACUACAGUAAAAAAUGGAGGGACUAGAGAUGUCUGCGAUGAUACCGGCUCUCCAGGAGCUAGCUAGUGCCAGCGCUGCUGAGUACGAGCAGGCGGUGCAGAAACCUCGACAGAUCCUGUGUCAGUUCAUUGACAGGAUCCUGACCGAUGUGGAUGUCAUUGCUCUUGGGCUAAAUAAGAAGUCGAGUUCAGAGCCGGCUUGUGUGAUGCUUCUGGAUUUUGUGCAGCAUAUUAUCAAAUCCUCCUCUCUGAUGUUUGCUAAUCCUUCCUGCCAGCCUGCCGAGUACCCCGACACGACACAGAGCUGCACUGACUUUAGUAAGUGGGUGGCGGUGCGUUUGCUUCGUGUGGCAGCAGCUCCAGACUGUGACGUCAUCCACAGGCGGGUGUCUGCGGUGCUGUGCUCUUUACUCCACACUCUGAGGGCCAGGGCGCCCUUCAUCUCAAGCAUCCUCACCCAGGAGUUCAUUAUCUUAGCCCAGGACCUCAGUGACAUCCUGUACAAUCAUAUCACAACACUGCCUGGAACUGGGAACACUUUGCAUGGUCACCCACAGAACCAAUGGCCGCUUACACUUGAGUGCUUCACUGUCUCACCUGGUCAUGGCUCUUCGUACCUCACCUCAUCUCCUCUCAGUCUCUCCUCUCCGGCAGCCCUGGAGUCGCUAACUGCAGUGACAAUCGGCGUCUUAACCGACUCCCUGAGAGGAGUCGUCUCCUGUCGUGACCUCAGUGCUGCAUGGGAGAUGGCCUGCUCCUUCCUUGCUAAUGGUAACAUCAGGCUGAGGAGGCUCUCCAUGGUGAUGCUGAGACGAUUGGUGGAGCUGGGAGGGUUUCCUGAGAUCCAGGGCCACGAGUUCUUCUCAGCCUACCUUCAUUUGCUAGAAAUGCACACCUUCACUUAUACAGCAAACAUGGAUGAGAAAAGUGCUUAUGAAGGAGAGCUGCUUCUCCUGACACGCUGCAUAUUCCAGUCCUCUCACUCACACUUUGAGCCCAUACAUCUCUCACAGACGUUUGAAUGUGUUUGCACUCUUGGAGGAUCUGGCGUCAAGUUGGGGACAGAGGUUACAGAAUCCCUCUGUUUGCUGUUCAGCUUCUUGCUAUCUGUUGCUUUUGUUUAUGAAAGUGCUGCAUCGCUAAGAAGGCAGAAGGUCACAGAGGUCUGCAGGGCGCUGGUACACACUGUGGGAUCACAAAAUCAAGCUGAAUGUGCUAAAGGGUUUCUCCAAGCUGCCCUGAAGGCUGAGACUGCUUUGGUGAUGCAGAAGUCAGAAGAUGGAGAGACUGCUGCCAAGAAACCCUGCAAAUCUACAACCAAAAGCCAAAAAACAAAAGCAGAUGAGGUGGACAUGCGUGUUUGCAGUGAAGUUUGGGCUGCAGCAAACAGUCGUCUGGAGGAUCUGGUGACCAUGUUAAACUCUGAAGGACCUGAAACCACACAGACUCUCCCUGCCCUGGAGGGUGUGAGUCUUAUCCUGCACCUGGCUGCCUGCUGCUUCUCUCCCACCAGCCCCUCUCCUCUCCUUUGGGUGUCCACUGAGACUCUAGGCAGGGUGCUGAAGAGCUGUCAGUCAGUAUUACAGGGAGGCGGUCAACCUGACUCAAAUCAGAACUACUUUAAUUCUGCUGUCCAGACUACUGUAGGGGUCUUAGACUCAAUCCUCUACCUGACAAUCAAUAGCCAGAGUGAGGAAGGACUCCAGCCGCAAGUUUGUGCGCUCCUCUGUCUUCCCUGGGUGUGCGAGAACAAGAGCAUCUCAGCCUAUAGGAGUUCUGGUUUCCCCUCCUGGCUGCCUACUUUAGCUGAUCGGCUCAGUUUCUGUUACUCACCUGAGCUCAAGGCAGACUGUGUGUCUGUGGUGGCUCUGCUGCCUCGUGGUGUGUGCGACACUUGGCGUGUUUGUGUCUUUUCCAAGUCGUUAGAGAGUCCAGAGGAAGUGGUGAGAGCAGCGGCAGUCAGAGCCUUUCCUCUUCUGCUGCACCACCUGGGAAACUCUUACCACAAACUCAUCGGCACCACUUUGCUUGCUUGCCUGGCGGACAGCUCGGAGCUGGUAAAGAAGGAGCUCGCCAGGAUCAUUGGUCAGCUGAGCUGCAUCCAGUCAGAGCUCUCCCAGCUUAGUGUCUCUCAUACAGACUCGGCUCACCGCCCUGAAAUCUUGUGCAAACAACUUACACUUGUAACAGAGCAUGCUGGGAGCUCUUCUCCAUCUCUCAAAGCGAGUGUUGUGAAGCCCUUCCUCCCUCUGCUAAGACAGCAAGCUCCAAGUGGUGUCAAACAAGCUUUCCUUGAGGCUCUACCUCACCUCUGCCAGCAUGUGAAUCUUGUCAGUGGAGACAGUGACUCACAAGCAGUUCUUAAUGCUCUGAUUGGUCUCAUGGAGGACUCGGAUUCAGGAAUUCGGAAAUGCUUCAGCCAGUCGGUGCGCUUUCUGUUAACAGAGACCAGCAAGAACUCUGAGCAGAGCUCUCUUAAUGAGCUCCUGGUUGCUCGUCUCAAAGAAGCGUUCAACACCGCUAAACGCAACCGUGAUGAUGACCUGCGCAACACUCUCAUCCUCACCACUGGAGAGAUCGGCAGAGCGUCUCAGGGAAGUCUGGUGUCCUUCUCUCUGCUGCGGCUGCUCCACUGUCUGCUGUCCAAGUCGUCCCAGGUGUCUGUAGCUGCAUACACUCAGAUCAGAGCUCUGGCUACUGCCAAAGGUCUAAAACUGCAGACCCUCUUCAGCCAGUACAAGAACCCUAUAUGCCAGUUCCUGGUGGAGUCGCUACAUUCUCGCCAUGCGUCGGCUCUGCGAAGCACACCAGAUCAGGGCAGUGAGUCAGCCAAUCAGAGGGAGCUGGCUCUGGACAUUCUGGCUCAGAUCGCACACGCCUUUGAUUUCCCAGACCUCCAUCGCUUCCUCACUAGGACUCUUCAAGUUCUCCUGCCCUACCUGGCGGCCAAAGCGAGCUCCACUGGCUCCGCCCUCAUCCGUACUCUGGCCAAUGAGCUGAAGGCAAACAGGAGAGAGAUCCUGAUCAACAACUUCAAGUACAUUUUUAGUCAUCUGGUCUGUUCCUGCACAAAGGAGGAGCUGGAGAGGGCUUUCCACUACCUGCAGAGUGAGACAGAGAUCGAGCUGGGCUCUCUGCUUAGGCAGGACUUCCAGGGUCUCCACAACGAGCUGCUGCUUCGCCUCGGAGAACACUACCAACAGGUGUUCAACGGUCUUGCAAUCUUGGCCUCCUUUGCAUCCAAUGACGACCCGUACCAGGGUCCAAGAGACAUCACCACCCCAGAGCGCAUGGCCGACUACCUGCAGCCGAAGCUUUUGGGAAUUCUUGCCUUCUUCAACAUGCAGCUGCUCAGCUCCAGUGCGGGAGAGAAGGACCGCAAGAAGCUGGCCUUGACGAGUGUGAUGGCUCUUAUACGUCUGAUGGGCUCCAAACACAUCAGCUCUGUGAGAGUGAAGAUGAUGACGACGCUCCGCACGGGUCUUCGAUACAGAGAGGAUUUCCCUCUUCUCUGCUGCCAGACGUGGGAGUGUUUUGUGAGGAGCGUGGAGCCGGCACACUUGGGCCCUCUGCUGAGUCAUGUUAUUGUUGCACUGCUCCCAUUGAUUCCAAUUCAGCCCAAAGAAACAGCUGCUAUAAUCCGCUUCUUGAUACUGGACAACAGGGAAGAAGUCAAAGACUACCUCCAUGAGAUUUACUUCCUGCCUGACCACCCUGAACUGAAGGACAUCCACACUGUGCUGCAGAAUUAUAAAAAGCUGACAGCCAGCAGCAGUGACCUUGCUGCAGCACUGCAGCUCUCCAUGAGGGCAGUUCAGCAUGAAAAUGUGGAUGUCAGGAUUCAUGCCCUGACGAGCCUCAGAGACAUGAUGCACAGCAAACAGGAGUGGCUGCUGCGACAGGUUUGUGCCAGUGAGGCAGUGGAGCCGGUCAUCUCCAGCCUGGUGUCCGUCCUGCUGAAGGGCUGCCAGGACUCGUCCCCUGAGGCCAGGCUGCUCUGUGGGGAGUGUCUUGGGGAGCUGGGUGCAGUGGAUCCUGGACGUCUGGACUUGUCACAUACACACACCCACGGGGACCGCAACACCUUUGUGAGUGGUGUUGAUGAUCCAAACUUCGCCUAUGACCUUCUAACUGAACUCACCAGAACGUUUCUGGCUUAUGCUGAUGAUGUGAGGGCGCAAGACUCUGCUGCUUAUGCAAUUCAGGAGCUGCUGUCUAUCUUUGAGUGUCGCGAGGGUAGAACAGACUCCCAAGGGCGGCGCCUUUGGAGGAGAUUCCCAGAGCAGAUCCAGGAAAUACUUGAACCACACCUCAACAGCAGGUAUAAGAGCAGUCAGAAGGAGGUUAACUGGUCUAAGCUGAAGAAACCAGUGUACUUAAGCAAGAGAGGCAGCAAAUUCUCUGAUUGGUCAGCCACGUGGGCAGGGUAUCUUAUCAGUAAGGUGAGAAAUGAGUUGGCCAGCAGAGUGUUUACCUGCUGUAGUUUCAUCAUCAAACACGACUACAAGGUGACGAUCUACCUGCUGCCUCAUAUUCUGCUCUACAUGCUGCUGGGCUGCACACCAGCAGAGCAGCAGGAGGUAACAGAGGAGAUGCUGGCUGUGCUGACAGAGGGUGACGGACCAGGAGGGGGGCAUAGUCAGGAGACGGCCUCCAGCCUGUCACAGCUCAGCAUCCAGACUGUGUUCAGCAUGCUGUCUCACCUUACACAAUGGAGCCGGCACAUCCUCUACUCCAGACCCAAACACGAAAGUGGAGAUUACCAGCGUGUGGUGGCCUUUCUGAAGGGUAUUCCUCAGGAUGUUCUGGCUAAAGCCUCUCUACGAUCCAAAGCGUACACCCGUGCUCUCAUGCACUUUGAGUCUUACAUCUUAGAAAACAAAGAGGAUGUCCAGGACCAUCUUACAUUCCUGCAGACGCUUUACGCUGCGAUGCAUGAGCCUGAUGGAGUAAGGGGCGUCAACGCUCUGAGGAGAGAGGAGCCUUCGCUACGUGAACAGAUUCUGGAGCAUGAGAGCAUCGGCCUUCUACGAGAUGCAACUGCAUGCUACGACAGAGCGAUACAGCUGGAAUCAGACCAGAUUGGUCACUAUCAUGGGGUGAUGACCUCCAUGCUUGGCCUGGGACAGCUGUCAACAGUCAUCACUCAGGUCAAUGGAGUGCUGGCUAACAAACCCCAGUGGAAGUCGGAACUGAACACGUACAGAGUGGAGGCGGCCUGGAAGCUCGGAAAAUGGGACCUUCUAGAAGAUUAUUUGAGCUCAGAUAGCCAGUCCAGUAGCUGGGGUGUUCGGCUCGGCCAAUUGUUACUCUCAGCUAAGAAGCAGGACACUGAAACUUUCUACAAGAAGCUGAAGGUGGUGAGGAAGGAGCAGGUCGUCCCUCUUUCUGCAGCCAGUUAUGAGUGUGGGACCUACCAGAGAGGAUACGAGUACAUCGUCAGGCUCCAUAUGCUCAGUGAGCUGGAGCACACAUUUACAGAGCUGCAGGAACAGAGAGAACGCUCUGCCCCCAGCCUCAGUCAGCUGCCUUCUCAUUGGUCAGACCGGCUGGAGAUGACCCAGAAUUCCUUCAGGGCCAAAGAGCCAGUCCUUGCUCUGCGACGUUCACUGCUCAGCCUGGGAGCACAGUCUUUGAGCACUGAGCUGGUCGGCGAAUGCUGGCUGCAGAGUGCUCGUGUGGCCAGAAAGGCGGGACACCAUCAGACUGCCUUCAACGCACUCCUGAAUGCAGAGAACACUAAUCUAGCUGAGCUGGUCACCGAAAAAGCCAAGUGGCUGUGGUCCAAGGGUGAUGUGCACCAGGCCCUGAUAGUCCUGCAAAAGGGCGUAGCUCAGUGUUUCCCUGAUGAUCAGCCACUCACGGACCCUCGCAGUCUGCAGAUCAAAGGCAAAGCAAUGCUGCUGGUGGGGCGCUUCAUGGAGGAGACGGCCAACUUUGAGUCCAACGCCAUCAUGAAGGCAUACAAGGAUGUGACCAACCUUCUGCCUGAGUGGGAAGAUGGGAACUUCUACUUAGCCAAGUACUACGACAAAGUGAUGCCAAUGGUUACGGAUAACAAGCUGGAGAAACAGGGGAACCUCAUCCGAUACAUUGUCAUGUACUUUGGGAAAGCUUUGCAGUUUGGAAACCAGUACAUCUACCAAGCCAUGCCUCGCAUGCUCUCUCUCUGGUUGGAUUUUGGAGCCAAAGUGUGUGAGUGUGAAAAAGCUGGGAGAGCAGACAGACAGAUGCGACAGGAGCUGGGGAAAAUCAACACUCAGGUGAGCGAGCACUGUGCUAACCUGGCGCCGUACCAGUUCCUGACCGCCUUCUCCCAGCUCAUCUCCAGAGUGUGUCAUUCUAGCGACGAGGUCUUCACUGUCCUCAUGAACAUCGUGGCCAAAGUGUUUCUAGCCUAUCCCCAACAGGCCAUGUGGCUAAUGACAGCUGUCUCCAAGUCUUCCUACCCUACGCGCAUGAAUCGCUGUAAUCAGAUCCUUAAGAAAGCCAUCAGCCUUAAACCGUCCCUGGAGAAAUUCAUUGGAGACGCAAACAGACUGACUGACAAGCUGCUGGAGCUCUGCAACAAGCCGGUGGAUGGGAACAGCACCACCCUCAGCAUGAGCGUUCACUUCAAGCUGCUCAAACGUCUGGUGGAGGAGCCAACCUUCAGCCAGAUCCUGAUCCCACUACAAUCAGUCCUCAUCCCUACACUGCCCUCUACUGGUGGGGCAAACACACAGCAUGACGCCUUCCCUGGUCACUGGGCGUACCUGGAUGGCUUUGAAGACAGUGUGGAGAUCUUGGCUUCCUUACAGAAGCCCAAGAAGAUAAGUCUGAGGGGGUCAGAUGGUCGGAGCUACACCAUGAUGUGUAAACCGAAAGAUGACCUGAGAAAGGACUGCAGACUUAUGGAGUUCAACUGCCUCAUCAACAAGUGCUUACGUAAAGAUGCUGAGUCAAGACGGAGGGAGCUGCACAUCCGUACCUAUGCUGUGAUACCUCUCAAUGAGGAAUGUGGCAUCAUCGAGUGGGUCAAUAACACGGCUGGGCUUCGACACAUUCUCACUAAGCUGUAUAAGGAAAGAGGUAUUUACCUAUCAGGAAAAGAGCUCAGGAAGCUUAUUCUGCCAAAGACGGCUCCCUUUGAGGAGAAGCUGAGAAUUCACAAGGAGGUGCUCUGUGCUCGACACAUCCCCGUUUUCCACGAGUGGUUCCUCCGGACCUUCCCUGACCCCACAUCAUGGUACAGUAGUCGCUCUGCGUACUGUCGCUCCACUGCUGUAAUGUCCAUGGUGGGCUACAUCCUGGGUCUGGGGGAUCGCCACGGUGAAAACAUCCUAUUUGACUCUUUCACUGGGGAGUGUGUUCAUGUCGACUUCAACUGCCUCUUCAACAAGGGGGAGACAUUUGAUGUGCCUGAGGUAGUUCCUUUCCGUCUGACCCAAAACAUGGUCCACGCUAUGGGGCCGAUGGGCACUGAGGGUCUGUUCAGACAAGCCUGUGAAGUCACUCUGAGACUAAUGAGGGACCAGAGGGAGCCACUCAUGAGUGUUCUUAAAACUUUCCUGCAUGACCCGCUGGUGGAGUGGAGCAAACAAGCCAAAGGACUAUCCAAAACUCAGGCCAACGAGACCGGAGAGAUAGUCAAUGAAAAGGCUAAAACCCAUGUGUGUGACAUCGAGCAGCGUCUGCAGGGAGUAAUAAAGAGCAGGAACAAAGUCCUGGGUCUACCUCUGUCUAUAGAGGGACAUGUCCACUACCUCAUACAGGAAGCUACUGACGACAAACUUCUCUGUCAGAUGUACCUCGGCUGGGGGCCUUACCUGUGAUAGACACAAAAAAGAGACUGUAACUACUGUAGAAGCUGCUCUGCUAAAGAAUGCACCAACAGUACAACCUUAAAUGUUCUGAUGUGUAUCAGGAUCACAUGCAAAUAAGUAUUUUGCACAUAAAGUGCAUCUUAGUAAUGAAUGUUGAAAUAAAAUGUUAUGUUGCCAUUUAUUGUUCUAGCACUUACAGCAUUGUUUACAGUUUUCUGGAAACAAUAUUUGUUGUAUUUCUCUACAUUCUUUGUAAUAAAAGAUGUGUU